AUGUCGAAGCCCUUUGAUCCCGAGCAGGCGCAGAACCUGGAUGAUAUGGAGAAGCAGUUCGCCGUCAAGGCCGUGGAACACCUGAUGACAUACUGGUCCAUCCUCGAAAAGGUUCCGGGAUCCCAGCUGCGCCUGACGAAAAUCGACGACGAGAUCUACGAGCACUUCAAGGAGGAAUUCCCCGACUUCGACCCCGCCGCAACGAUCAACGAAGAUGAGAUGAAGAGCAAGGAGGGCAAGGAGAAGUGGCGUAACUGGAUCAACCAGUAUGAGAAGAAGGUUCACGACUUCAACUUCGGAACAAUGCUGCGGGCAAACCCGAAGACCGAGUACGAGCAGGACAACACAAUUUUUGCGAUGCGGAUGCAGUUCUACGCUAUUGAGAUCGCAAGGAACCGCGCUGGUCUUAACGACUGGGUUUAUGAGCAGGCACAGGCACAGGCGAAGUCCAGUUCAUAA